AUGAAGGCGCCCAGAAUGAGUCUUCACCUGGCCGAGCGCGUUCAACUCUCGAAGCCCCGCCCCCAGCAACCUCCAACGGCGCUGUGCUCGGAGAGGACAGCAGUAACAUGGUCGUGGGGUCUCCAGGGACAACAAGCAGGACGGCGGCCACGACAGCACCGUCUGGUUGUCAUCCCCAACCAGUGGCGACAGCAGGGACGACGCUGCACAACGUUCUGCCACAACUGCGGUGUUCAGGCGAUCUCCUUGCUCCCACCAGGCCGCGUCUGGUACCCGAUUCAGAAGGCAGCGCACGGCGUCUCCACUAGCCCAACAGAACGCGGCGGCCAACUUCAUCAGCACAGUCACACUGCAGACUGCAGUGCCGCUGCUCCAAGGGCCACCCCAGCGAACGAGGACAGUCAGACGCAGGAAGAAGCGGUCUUCAGCCCCCCUGCGCAAAAGUGUGCGCAUUGCAACAGCAUCUUGGCCGCGGGGCGAUGCGCAAGCAAAGGCGCGCCAAGUUCUGAUGAAAAAUCUUGGCUUCAUGGAGGAGGAGGACCGUUCGCCGACGCGCUGCUGGGCUACUUCAAGCUGUUCGGCGAUCCACUUUCAGGGACGUUAUGUAUCGGCUGUGAAGGAUACAGUGGUGACGGCCAGGGGCCAAAAAUCACCAAAGCGCUCUCCACUCCUUCAGGGUCACCAUGUCAUCUUCAGUUGUUAUUCUACUAUGUCUGCAACAAAGCUACUGCCAUCAGCGCUGCUAGCUACCUGUUUUUCUGCACAGGCUGUUAUUUGGGGAAAAUCUUGUUUUCAAUGACACAACGUAAUUGCAACAUCCUGUGCUGGAACGUGAGAGGCCUCCAUGAUGUGGUGAGGCAAGAUACAGUGAGCUUGCUAGUUAGAGACACGGCCUCCACCAUCGUGUGUUUGCAGGAGACGAAGAUGCAAAAUUUGGAUCAAGGUGUUGUCAGACGUACUGUUGGGGCUAAGUUCGCCAACACUUUUGUGGUACUACCAGCCACUCAGACACGAGGCGGCAUUCUUAUUGCGGUCAAUGAGGAUUACUUCCAGCUCUCCGACCAACAUUUAUCUACACAUGCAGUGACUGCAACAGUCACCAUGAGGGCAGAUGGAACCAAAUGGCAAAUUACGGUUGUCUAUGGCCUGCAGGGAGAUGCCGAGAAAUUACAAUGUCUACAGAAGCUUGCAGCUAUUCCUUGCCCGGCCCAUGGGAGAUGGCUCGUCCUAGGAGAUUUUAAUUUCAUCUACCAGGCAGAAGACAAAAACAACUCCAAUCUAAACCAUCGCCUCAUGGCCUCCUUCAAAGCGGUCAUCGACGACCUGAACCUAAAAGAGAUAGGCCUCAACGGACGUCAUUUCACUUGGAGCAACGAGCAAGACAAUCCGACAUUAACAAGAAUCGACAGAUUUUUUUGCACCCCUGAUUGGGAAUUAACCUUACCGACAUGCUUUCUCCACUCUUUGCCUUCUCUCAUGUCCGAUCACACCCCGCUACUCCUGCAGGGAGAACUUGAGCACUGCCACAACCGGACCUUCCGCUUCGAAAAUUUUUGGGUCAAGAUGGAUGGUUUCAGGGACUUGGUGGAACAAGUCUGGAGUAAACAUGUGCACUUGGAACAAGUCUGGAGUAAACAUGUGCACUCUUUUUUAUCCAUCAAACGGUUGCACACAAAAUUAGCACGAGUGGCCAAAGGCCUUAAGCAGUGGCGCAGGGAGUAG